ACGGUUUUAAAUUCCCUCCCAAAUUUUCCCUUGUUUUCACUGUAGACCCGCCAAAAACCGAGACCACAUUAUUUUUCCUUUUACCCAAAAAUAAUAAAAUAUUUAUUGAGACCACUUUAGUUUUCCUUUAACCUUCCAAAUUAAACACUCUGAGCUCUAUCUCUCUCUACAUACUAAAUUCAUCGUCUACUUCACUCUAUCUCUCUCUAAUAAAUUCUACUUCACUUUGCACCCUAAUUAUCAAUACUCGUCUGAAUCUCGUCCCCGCUGCUACUCAAUUCCAGGUUAUCUUCUCUAUUCUCUCAUCCCUUUUUUGGGAUUUAUUUUGCAUGUUCUUCCAAUUCUACAAUAAAAUCGUUAGGGAUAUGGGUUCUGAUUUUUUUUUUUUUUUGAAUAAGUAUGGGCUCUGAUUUUUUGAUGUUCCUUUUUUUUUUUUUGGUCUCAAUCUUUUUACAAUAUCUAGUUGCUUAUUUUGUUGUUAUAAGAAUUGGGUGGAAUUACUUCGAUUUAGUAAAUAUCUAGAUGCUAUGUCUAAUGUUGGAUUGUUCUGAUUUUGUUGUAUAAAAUGAGCUCUAGGUAACCUUUUGAGACAUGAUUUUUUCCCUCAAGAAUCUAACAGAAAUUAGCUUUUCUUUGAUCUUGGAAUUUCCUUUCUUUUGCUUCUCAUUUGUGUUUGUUUAUUCUUGUUCUAAACUCUUUGUCAACGGUGAAACCUCGAAGCAUUCUAAACUCUCAAACGCCUUAAUUCGUUGCUCGUCGAAAGGUAAUUUCAAUGACAUUUAAUUCUGUUUGAUAUACAGUUUUAUAUUGGUUUCGUUGGUCAGGUGGUUUUAUUUCUAUAUGUGCAAGAUUGUGAGUUGAAUGUUUACUUUUAGUAUCCCCUCCCCAUAUUAAAUUCCGUUAUUUGCUUGUCGUGUGGUUUAGGCAGUAGAUAAACUAAGUUAUUAGCUUAAUAGUUUAUCUCCAAAUUUUUUCUGUCUUUGUUUCAAAACAGUUCAAAUUUAAUCAUAUGUGUCGAGGUGUUCUCUUUCCUUUCCAGUUCAUAUAAUUUAGCUUAAGUUUAAUGCGGUUUGAGUUAGAUGGUUAUGCUUUUUUUUGUGGGAAAGAAUGAGGUUGUCUCUAAGGAGUCCAAAUUUAUUUACCUGCUCUCAUUAAUCAGAAAUAGGACUAAGUAUGGUCCACAUUUCGCUUUCAAUGUUCUGAAUAUAGUCAUUAUUUUGAAAUAGUUGUUCUUGAUAACAACUUUUUGAGUCGAAGGUUGAUCGCAUUUAAGUUCUUUUAUAUCAAGUAUGAUUCCUCUGUUUGAUGCAAAAGGUCUUCAAAAAAUGCAAAGUCUCGCUGUUAAAAAUUCUUUAAGCUAAGUUGAAAAUAAGGUUUUGAUAUGUAGUCACGAGAGACUAAAUGCUGCUCAUAUUGGAACAAGUAUUAAGUACUUCAAUGCUCGUUGUAUCUGCAUCUUUAAUUGGUUUCAGGUAGUGUUGCUACUGUUCUGUGCUUAGAAGAUAAAAUUGAAGGCCAGUUCAUGAUAGAGGCUUGGUUCCUUUCACUUUGUCAAGAUUUUUCAAUUUUUGGAGAUUAGGUGAUUCCAGGAUAUAGGAAUACUAAGUUUUAAGUGAGAAAGCUACAAUACAUCUUUUGUGCCAUGAAAUUUUUAUUAAAUAGUUCAUCUUUACAAUAUCUGGUUGCUUUUUUUUGAAAAUGGUAACUUUAAUAACUGGUUGCUUAUUUUGCUGUUAUAACAUUUAAAGAAGGUAAGAAAUCGGUGGAAUUACUUCGAUUUAGUAAAUAUCUAGUGGAAAGGAGUGAGCUUUACUAUUUCCCGAAGUUAAUGCUAUGUCUAUCAGAAAUCAACUUUUCUUUGCUCUUAGAAUUUCCUUUUCUUUUGCUUCUCAUUUGUGUUCGUUUAUUCUUGUCAUAAACUCGUUAUCAACGGUGAAAGCUUGAAGCAUUCUAAACUCUCAAACGCCUCAAUUCGUUGCUCGUCAAAAGGAUUUUAAUGGAUAAUGGAGAUAAAGGUUGGAUGAAUAUCCUGAGAUGGAUGGUUGAGUAUAUGCGCGGAGUGAAUAAUUUUCUUGAUAAGGCAUUUGAACGAGCUUCUCAAGGAAAUGAGAUAUUAUGCCCUUGCAAAAAGUGCACGAAUCGCUAUUGGCAUUAUAGAAAUGUGGUGGAGGGUCAAUUGGUUGUUCAUGGGUUUGUUGAUAGUUACACCAAAUGGGUUUUCCAUGGAGAAGGGGUUUCCUCAAGAAAUACACGUCAUCCAACCAGUGAUGAUGAAAGUUCUAAUAUGCGUGACGAUAUUGAUGGACUACUUCAUGAUAUAUAUAGAAAUGUAGAGGGUGAGGGCAUGAAGAAGGAGUCUGAGAGGGUUUAUCUGAAGAUGCAAAGAAAUUCUUUAAAUUAUUGGAGGAAGGGAAACAAGAGUUAUAUCCAGGGUGUGAAAAUUUCUCUAAAUUGAGUUUCACCAUUCGACUGUACUUGUUUAAAUCCUUGCAUGGGUUGAGUAAUGCAACAUUUUUAGACCUGUUAGAGUUGAUAAAAGAGGCUUUUCCCUUUGCUCAUCUACCAGAGUCUUUCAAUAAGGCUUGAAAGGUGAUAAAAGAUUUGGGACUUCAUUAUGAAAAAAUACAUGCAUGCCCUAAUGAUUGCAUGUUAUUCUGGAAGGACAAUGAGAAAGCAGAUAAUUGCUUUGUCUGUAGAUCUUCUAGAUGGAAGAGUGUUGGUGCUGCCUCGACUAAUGCACGCUCUAAAAUUCCUGCAAAGGUCUUAAGGUACUUUCCCUUAAAGAUUAGGCUUCAGAGGAUAUUCAUGUGUUCUGAAACAGCUGUUGCAAUGAGAUGGCAUGCUAAUGAACGAUCCAAUGAUGGGAAUUUAAGGCAUCCUGCUGAUGGGGAAGCAUGGAAGGAUUUUGAUCGUUUGCCCCCAGACUUCUCCAGAUAUCCUAGUAAUGUUAGGUUGGGUCUCUCCAGUGAUGGUUUCAACCCAUUCCAAACCAUGAGUAUUUCUUAUAGCACGUGGCCUGUUAUGUUGAUGAACUAUAAUUUAUCACCGUGGAUUUGCAUGAAGCCGGAGUAUAUUAUGUUAUCAAUGAUCAUUCCAAGUCCAUCAUCUCUAGGAAAUUAUAUAGAUGUGUACCUACAACCACUAAUUAUAGAAUUGAAGGAACUAUCGGAACCUGGGAUAGAAACAUAUGAUGCUGAAACCAAACAAACGUUCCUAAUGCGUGCAGCCUUAUUGUGGACAAUUAGUGAUUUUCCAACAUUAGCAAUGCUUUCAGGAUGGAGCACCAAGGGGAAAUUGUCAUGCCCCACUUGUAAUUAUGACACAUUCUCUCAAUAUCUCAAACAUAGUUGUAAGAUGUGUUACUUGGGUCAUUGGAGAUUUUUACCUCCUGAUCAUCCAUUGCGAAAAGAUAAGAAGUCAUUUGAUGGUAAGGAGGAGCAUAAGCCUGCACCUACUCCUUUGUCGGGUACAGAAGUGUAUGAAGAGCUACAUAAGCUCAACAAUGACUUUGGAAAGGGAAAAAAGAAAAGGACUCGGAAUAAUAAGGGUCCGUGGAAAAAAAGAUCUAUUUUUUUUAAUUGCCUUAUUGGGCACAUAACAAGUUGAGGCAAAAUAUUGAUGUGAUGCCCAUAGAAAAGAAUAUAUGUGACAGUUUGCUCGGGACGUUAUUGGAGAUAGAUGGAAAGUCAAAGGAUCAUGUAAAUUCUCGCUAUGACUUACAAGAAAUGGGGAUAGGAAAGGAGCUACAACCAAUAGAAGAUAAUGAUGGAAUGUAAGUUUGGCUCAAUCUUGUUUCUCCAUGAAACCAGAAGAAAAAAGGUUGUUUUGUACUGUCUUGAAAAAUGCCAAAUUACCAAAAGGGUUUGCUUCGAAUAUAUCACAUCGUGUGCAAGUGAAAGAGAUGAAAAUAUCAGGGUACAAGAGUCAUGAUGCUCAUUCUAUAAUGCAUUACCUGCUCCAGGUUGCCGUUAGAAAAGUGUUGCCCAAGAAUGUUUCGUUGGCCUUGAUUAGGUUGGGAACUUUCUUUAGAGCCAUAUGUAGUAAGGUUAUAUGACGAAGAGAUCUUGAAAAACUGGAGUCUGAAAUUGCUGAAAUCAUAUGUCACCUUGAAAUGAUUUUUCAUCUAGUGUUUUUUGAUAUAAUGCUACAUUUGCCUAUUCAUUUAGUGAAUGAAAUUAAGCUUGGGGGUCCGGCUCAUAUUCGUUGGAUGUAUUCCAUUGAGAGGGACCUAUGUAACUUGAAGGAGUUCGUUCGUAAUCGAUCUUGUGAAGAAGCAUCAAUAGUAGAGGGUUUUUUGGCUGAAGAGUGCUUGACAUUUUAUUCGAGAUACCUACACGAUGGUGUAAAAACAAGAUUCAGUAGGUACCAAACUAAGGAUGAUGAAUGCGUCCAAAAUUCAUCACCUAUAUUUCCUAAGAUAGGUCAUCUAAUUGGAAUUGAAAAGAAAAAGGAUCCCACUUUUUUUAUGGAUCCACAGUUAUGUUAUGAGGCACAUCAGUAUGCCCUAUUCAACACUGGAGAUGAAGAAGUUGAAAAGUUUAUCAAGGAACAUAAGAAUCUGAUGAGUAAUCAUACAAGAUCAAAUGCAUGGGCAAGAGCAAAGAAUCGUAGUCGGGAAUUCAGUAGUUGGUUUGAAGAGAAAAUUAAAACUGUUGAAGUACCCAAUUAUAUAUUAUGGCUAUCUAGAAAGCCUAAUGUGGUGGCCAAGAGAUAUACUGCAUAUUUCAUUAAUGGAUAUCAAUUUCAUACAAAAAAUCAGGACGCCCCACGCAAGACUCAAAAUAGUGGAGUGACUUAAGCAGCAACAACAAAUAGUUUUGCUAGUGCUAGGGACCAAAAUCCCAUAGAUGGAGAGGUCAUUUAUUAUGGAGCUAUUUAAGAUAUCAUCGAGAUUGAUUAUUAUGGUCAUUUUAGUGUACUAUUUAGAUGUGAUUGGUUUCAUAAUGAAGUAGAUGAAUAUGAGUUAACUCGAGUA